UAUUAAAAUGGAACGGAGGGUGUUGUAUACAAUGUGGAGUGGCUUUCAUUUUUCAACUCAGCAUUCUCACUGAUCACCAUUGAAGUUCUAAGGAGAAACAAUCCAAGUUUCUUUAACUGAUCAUGCAUCCCUUAAAGUUCUUUUUGCUUCUUUUAGCAUUCUUAUCUUAUGGAAUAUCAGCAGCUCAACCUCAAAAAACUCUUGUUGCAUCCAUAACUAAAGAUGUUAAUACUUCUCUUUAUAGCAUCACCCUUAACCUUCAUGAGCACUAUGUAAUUGACCUUGCUUCUCCAUUCCUAUGGAAUGUUUGCCCACUGCAACACAAAACUGUGCUCUGUAGAUCACCCGAAUGCCUGAAAGCGCAAUCUUAUCCGCCUCAAUCUUGUGUUUCGGUUUUACAAGAACAGUUUUCACAAGUUCCAUGUACUUGUAUUGUCACUCCUGUAAAUCCAAUAACCAAGUCCUGUGCCUCAGCUCAGUUGAGCUACAAAAAUUUCUCCAUUUCCUCAGUUAGUGGUACUAAUCCCAAUGGAAGAUUAACAUUCAGUCAAAUUUAUGUGUCAUGUGCUCCUCGGAAACUCCUGCAGUCCUUGCCUGAAGGAGUCAUUGGCAUUGCUGGGCUUUCCAAUGCUACUUUAGCUCUGUCUUAUCAAUUCACUCCUCUGAAUCUUGGCCUGAGUAGGAAGUUCGCAGUUUGUUUGCCUGAUACAGAUGCUUCUCCUGGCCUGCUUUUCUUCGGGGAUGGACCGUAUAACCUGAUGCCUCCAACAAGCUUUGAUGUAGCAAGUAUCCUAGCUUACACUCCCUUGCUGAAGGUUCCCAAAUCACCAGAUUAUUACAUAGAUGUCCAGGCCAUUUCGAUUGAUGGAAAGGCGAUCCCCAUGACAAGAAAGUCCCUAGCAGUAGACAGAUUAGGCCGCGGUGGGGUGAAGCUCAGCACAGUUGUCCCUUACACUACACUCAGAACUGGCAUUUACAGGUCCUUCAUCAAAAGUUUCAAGAAGGCUACUCAGGGGUUUCCUAGGGUGCCUGCGGUGACACCAUUUAGCCUCUGCUACAAUGCCACGGCUAUAGGAUUUAGUCGUGUUGGGGUGCAUGUUCCUCCCAUUGAUCUGCAGUUAGCCAAUGGGAAGAACUGGACUAUAUUUGGUGCAAACUCAAUGAAGCUAAUUGGUGAAGAUGUAGCCUGCCUUGCGUUUCUCAAUGGCGGAUUGAUGGCUGAGCAGGCUAUUGUGAUUGGAUCAUUCCAAAUGGAGAAUAAUUUCUUGCUGUUUGAUCUUGCAAAGUCAAGGCUUGGAUUCAGUUAUACCUUAUUCUCUAUUCGAACCACUUGCAGCGACUUCAAUUUUGCAACUAUAUCUUAAUCUCAAAAUGUCAUCUGCAUAACAGGGAAGUUUGUAGUAAUUCUCCUGUCAGCAGACUCUUUACUGUAUGUCAAAGUCAUACUGUGUUUCUGAACAAAUUGCCAUUGUGGGUUGUUGUCGAUGUUUCGCUUCUGUAAACAUAACCCUCAUAAUUCUUGUAUUUGUUUCAAGGCAUUACUGCCUAGUUUGAAUUAAGGAACUAUAUAUAUGUACCUUCCAAUUGUGAAGAUGGAAGAGUUCUCUCUGUGUGUCCAAUUCUAUCUUCUUGGUAG